CCCCCCCCCCCCCACCUCACAGGACAUAUCUUCAUGUACAGUUGAAAAUCGACACAACAAUGCUGCUCUCAGUUGAGGACAAUAGCCAGCUGCUCGGCCCCUACCUACACAAGAAAUUAUGGAUAAGAGUUGUUGUGGCUCUUGUGUGUUUACUAUCUGUCUUUGGCUCAGUCCUCAUCAUACUGUCUUUCAUUUGCUUCAAGCAGCUCCGUAGUCGAGGCCGUCAAAUACUUGUUCACAUCUCCAUAAUGGAUCUCGGUGUUGGCCUGGCAAAUCUUACAGGAUGUUUGGUAUAUUUCGAUCAGUAUUACAAAAAGACACUACGUUCAAACUGCACCUUUCCCCCUUUCUCCGUUCUCCCUGCGUUCCCUCAAGGGAAUAUUCCCUCGCAUAUUUGGUGUCCUCAGUCUCUCCUUGUGCGGGACCUCUGUAUGUUUCAAGCAUCGCUGGCCUUGUAUUGCACCCUCGGCUCAAUAUUCUGCUCAAAUUAUCUCUCUGUGUACCUGUAUUUCAGGAUAGUCCACGUGGGCAACAAGUUGGUCGUACAUGUUUUUCGGUUUUCCUGUUUCGUAAGUUACUGUCUCCCACUGUUUGUCACCAUUUGGUUGCUGUUGACUGGUCGCUUGGGUUUUUCACCGUACGAAUCUGAGGGGUGGUGUUCUAUCAUACUGAAGAAUCCAUCCACGCAAGAAAGAGAUUUGUUUGCUUCCGUUUUUGGUUACAACAUCUGGAUUAUCAUAACAUUCAUCGUUAUUCCUCUCCUCUCACUGGCAAUACAUGUUCAUGUUAAGCAGUUGAAGACAAUAGCUGUCUAUCGGAGCUCUGACCAGCAGGCACUCAACUUGCGUAACAUUGACUACAAGUUCCUUUUAAUACCGGUUGUGUUCAUUGGUCUCCGCUUCUGGUCGUUCCUAGGAGACUUGCUUCACGUCUACAUUGGAGUUGAUAGGAUUCCAACCGCUGUCGCCACUGCCCUCAUUCUACUGCAGGGCAUUGGAGACUCAGGACAAGGUAUUGUAAAUGUUAUUAUCUUUGUCUUCUUCACAAAGAAAGUGAGAAAGGAGUUGGUCUGUCCUUGUAAGCGCUCAAGCAGGAGUGUUGUCACUAUUCAAAGAGCUGACGAGAAUGAUCAAACUAGCCUGUUGGACGACAGUGAGGUGGUCGACCCUGACUAUAAUCCUAUGAACUAUACUGAUGAAGACACUUACACUGAUCAAGGCUCAUCAACUUCUCUGCAUCUAUGAACAACACAGUGAAACUGAACUCUUUUGCAUUUGAUGCAAUAACUCUGUCAUUAGUUUGCACUGUUUUAUACAGUACUAUUAAAAGUUUGUCUACUAAGCUCACAUUUUUUUGCACAUGAUAUAUUGACCGUGAACAUUGUGGUCU